CGUUUUGCGGCCUGUAUCGAGCCACUGAGGACACUGCGACCGUGGAGAGGCCACUGCAGCCGCUGCGCCACAGUUCCGAGAUCGCUGCAGGGCAUAUCCUCCAGGAGUCUCGCCAUCAUGAACAAAGGGGCCGCAAUUCUGGCGCUGAUUAGCCUCCUGGCCACCACAGCCUACGCCGCUGAUGACAGCGUCGAGGCUGCAAAGACGUUGGUGUCCCCCAAGGUUCCCAAGCCCAACCGGCUCUACAAGUACUACACGGCCUGGCCGGUACCCAUCCCAGUGCGCAAGUACACAAAAGCGCUCUUCACUUGCAAGGGCCGCUAUGCGCUGUGCUCCUACGCCACCUGCGUCAUCAUCCCCAACAGCGUCCCCCCGGUGGCAGAGUGCGGCUGCUACGACUUUAACAAUGUCAACCUGGGGGCCGGGCCGGGCGUGCUGCAGGCCCGCGCCACCCCGCCCAAGCAGGCCUGGCGAGCCGCCGUCUCACGCCUGCCCGCCCGCCUGCCGCCCCGCUGCCGCAGCUCCAGGAGCGGGUGAUCAAGGCCUGCCCUCGCAGGGGCGCCAAGUGCCUGAAAGACACCAACUCCGCCCCGUUCUGCAACCAGAUGAACGGCCACUUCAUGUACCCGGGCUACAAGCUCGUCUCCACCUACAACCCCGAUGACUGGGCGGUGGCCACCAACCAGUCUUCCGCCGACCACAAGCCCAAGUGGUGCCCCGGCGGCACCUUCACCAACUGCUUCUCCGCAGCCUGCCGGCGCCGCGCACCCAGCUUCGGCAUCGUUGCCCCGGUCGGCCAGCCCCCCUACAACGCCACCUGCUACUGCCCCUACACCGUCACCAAGCGCCGCUUCCUUAUGGGUUCCGCCAGCAGCCCCUGCGGCCCCACAUCCCGCAAGGAGCUCCUGUCCGACCCCACCACACUCAUCUACAACGGCCUGUGAUGCAGCACAGAGCACAGAGCACGCAGCCGCCCACCCACAGCGCUGGUACACUCGCUGCGUUAGCUCACGCUUUCAGACGCGUGCUUUGAUAACCUAUCUUAACUCUUCCCACACAGCACACAAGACCACCACCUGCCACCCGCCCACACCUGGAACAGGCUGCUAGCUGCAGCUGGACUCCCUGCCCAAUUUCCUCCAAAACCUUCUCCUUUCUCCAACGCAUGUUGGCGUACGGCAGUGUCAUUCACUGUAACCCUCCUGCCCAUCAUGGUAUUUCUUCAAAAGCUUUCAACCCAUGUAACCGUUAGCGACC